AUGGACAAGCAGAGGCUGCCCUUUAUCACCAGUGAUCCAGAGCAGGCCUUGCUCUACUUCUUCCCUUUCAGUGUUCAAAGAAUGAGAAGAUUUGUCGCAUCCAAGGCCGGCGUUGUGGCUCUUCACCGAAUGUGGGCAGUCAUCAGUGACUACGUCCAAGUGAUAGCAAACAAGUUCCCAUAUUGGAACAGCACAAAUGGUGCAGAUCAUUUCAUGGUCACCUGCCAUGAUUGGGCACCAUAUGUCACUGUAAAGCAAGAGCUCGUCAAAAAAGGCUUCAAUCCAAGAAAGGAUGUGCCACUCCCAGAGUUCUACUUCAAGUUUCGUCUCCCAAGAGCCGUCAGAACCCCAACUCCACCUUCCUCAAAAAGGGUAUUAGCAUUUUUUGCAGGAGGCAACCAUGACUCCGUUAGAAAGUUCCUCUUCGAACAUUGGGAUGGUAAGGACCCCCAAAUUCAAAUCUUUCAACGUUUGCCUAGAGGCCAAAGCUAUAAGGAGCACAUGAUGAACGCCAAGUACUGCCUCCGCCCAAGUGGGUAUGAAGUCGCCAGCCCUAGGCUCACUGAAUCCAUACUGGCUGGUUGCAUGCCGGUGCCGAUUUCCGAUGGCUAUGUGCUCCCCUUCAGUGAUGUUCUAGAUUGGUCUCAGUUUUCGGUUCCAAUUCCAGUUCAAAAGAUACCCGAACUUAAAAAGAUUUUGAUUAACAUUCCUGAACAUUCAUACUUGAAGUUGCAAGCAAAUGUUAUGAGGGUCCAGAAGCACUUUGUGUUUAAUGACCCUCCCAAGAGAUUUGAUGUCAUACAUAUGUUGUUUCAUUCUAUAUGGCUUAGAAGACUUAAUGUGAGGUCACAUGAUUAG